UUUUUUUCGCAACGGGUUUGCCGCCAGAACACAGGUGUUGUGAAAACCAUCGCUAAACUUCCAAAAAAAUGGGCAAGGAAAAGACUCACAUUAACAUUGUGGUCAUUGGACACGUAGACUCUGGCAAGUCCACCACUACUGGCCACCUCAUCUACAAAUGUGGUGGAAUUGACAAGAGAACCAUUGAGAAGUUCGAGAAGGAGGCUGCUGAGAUGGGAAAAGGCUCCUUCAAAUAUGCUUGGGUCUUGGAUAAACUGAAGGCUGAACGUGAGCAUGGUAUCACUAUUGAUAUCUCCCUGUGGAAAUUUGAGACCAGCAAGUACUAUGUGACCAUUAUUGAUGCUCCUGGACACAGAGACUUUAUCAAGAACAUGAUUACGGGCACAUCUCGGGCUGACUGUGCGGUCCUGAUUGUUGCUGCUGGUGUUGGUGAAUUUGAAGCUGCUAUCUCAAAGAAUGGGCAGACCCGUGAGCAUGCCCUUCUGGACUAUACACUAGGUGUAAAACAACUGAUUGUUGGUGUAAACAAAAUGGAUUCCACCGAGCCCCCCUACAGCCAGAAGAGAUAUGAGGAAAUUGUCAAGGAAGUCAGUACCUACAUUAAGAAAAUUGGCUACAACCCUGACACAGUAGCUUUCGUGCCAAUUUCAGGUUGGAAUGGUGAUAAUAUGCUGGAGCCAAGCUCUAAUAUGCCUUGGUUCAAGGGAUGGAAAGUCACUCUUAAGGAUGGCAAUGCUAAUGGAACUACACUGCUUGAAGCUUUGGAUUGCAUCCUGCCACCAACUCGUCCAACUGACAAGCCCCUUCGUCUGCCCCUCCAAGAUGUCUACAAGAUUGGCGGUAUUGGUACUGUUCCUGUUGGCCGAGUGGAAACUGGUGUUCUAAAACCAGGCAUGGUGGUCACCUUUGCCCCAGUCAAUGUUACAACUGAAGUAAAGUCUGUCGAAAUGCACCAUGAAGCUUUGAGUGAGGCUCUGCCAGGGGAUAAUGUUGGUUUCAAUGUCAAGAACGUGUGUGUCAAAGGUGUCCGCCGUGGUAAUGUGGCUGGUGACAGCAAGAAUGACCCACCUAUGGAAGCAGCUGGUUUCACUGCGCAGGUUAUUAUCCUGAACCAUCCAGGCCAAAUCAGUGCUGGCUAUGCACCUGUUCUGGAUUGUCACACUGCUCACAUUGCUUGCAAGUUUGCUGAACUGAAGGAGAAGAUUGAUCGUCAUUCUGGAAAGAAGCUAGAAGAUGGCCCUAAAUUCCUGAAAUCUGGUGAUGCUGCCAUCGUUGACAUGGUUCCAGGCAAGCCCAUGUGUGUGGAGAGCUUCUCUGAUUAUCCUCCUCUGGGUCGUUUUGCUGUUCGUGAUAUGAGGCAGACUGUUGCAGUUGGUGUCAUCAAGGCAGUUGACAAGAAGGCUGCUGGAGCUGGCAAGGUCACAAAAUCUGCCCAGAAGGCCCAGAAGGCUAAAUGAAUAUUCUGUACAACACCUGCCACCCCAGUCUUAAUCAGUGGUGGAAGAACAGUCUCAGAACUGUUUGUCUCAAUUGGCCAUUUAAGUUUAAUAGUAAAAGACUGGUUAAUGAUUACAAUGCAUCGUAAAAGCUUCAGGAGGAAAGGAAUGUUUUUUGUGGACCAUUUGUUUCGUGGCAGUUUUAAGUUAUUAGUUUUUAAAAUCAGUAAUUUUUAAAUGGAAACAACUUGACCAAAAAUCUGUCACAGAAUUUUGAGACCAUUAAAACAGUUUAAUGCGAAAAAAAAAAAA